CAGUAGAACAUAGAAUGUGAACACUGGUUAAGCUCAGCUGGAGAGGAUGCUGUAUUUUACAGCUGACUUGAAAGGAAGGCGUGUUUUCUAGCUGUUGUGACUAUUUUGGUUGGGGAAUGAAAAGCAUGUGGAGAUGCUAGCCUUGUUGUUAAGAUUGUGGGAUAUAACACAACUGUGCACCAUGUAAUGAAUCGCUUGUUGAAACGACGUGGAGGAUGCAAAGAUGUGAACAACUGUGCAAAUAGGUUGCUUUGGAGGAGAGAAGGAAUAAGGACCCAAUAAGGCACCAGCCCCUGUAAGAUGCCACUCCAGCAGAUCUCUGUGGUCCCAGCCAGGGAGACGGCCAGCAAUGGGAGAAGUUCCAGCCGGAACAAAGACAAAAACAAAGAUAACGAGCACAGAAGGAGCUGGAUGCAGACAGAAAGCAAAUGACGAAGUAAACCCAGAAGGAAUUGGGGAUUUGGAGCUCAGUUUGCAGAAUGAAAAGUCACCCGGGCGCUCAGCAAGUCGAUCGAGCAACAUCUCCAAGGCAAGUAGUCCUACAACAGGAACAGCUCCGACAAGCCUGUCACGAACGUCUGUUACUCCUUCUACUCAGGAUAUUUGCAGGCCUGCAACUCUGCAUGAAGUUCAGGAAGAUGACUUUGAGCAUUGCGCUCCUGUCACAGUCCUGACUAAUACGGGUCAGCAUAUUGGUAAGAGACAGACCAAAAGACAGCAUAGAACAAAAAAGGAAACCUGUCAAAGCUGUGAGUGCAUUGAGGGCCCAAAGCGUCACAGUAAGAAACUCUUUAGGUCACGCAAAGAAUUCCUCAGGCUGAAACACAAUAGAUUCCAACAUGAUUCAGACUCCUCUUCAGAUGAGGAGCACUGGAGACAGGCAAGGAGCUGGAGUCGGGAGAAGGCAAGAAUUUCCAAAAAAGGGAGAAGAUGCAAUCAGCCUACCAAGCAUCAGGAUCGAGCAGCAGAACGGGAUGCAAUAGAACUAGUUUCAAUUGAUUCUGAUGACGAAGAGAAGAAGGAAAAUCACAUCCCUUCAGAGGUGGAAGCCCCAGUUUUAAAGAACCGUAGAAGGCCUUGUAGGAAGCAGGAAACAAGAAUUUCCUCUACUUCACAAUCUUCUCAGUUACGUAGUUCUCAUUUUGAGAAAAGGAAGGAUACUUCAAGAGAUACAGGAAUCAUAGGAGAAAAUGCUGACAGUUCAUCACCACCCGAUGAAGAUACAAUCACCAAGACCUAUGAAGACAGAGGUUCAGGUAAUGAAGCCCUUGCUGUGCCUCGUGUCAAGAAGCAUAAUUUUCAGGAUGGCAGAACCCAGCAGCCUUCUGAUGAUGAAUUGGAAGUUUGCAGGAUCUGCCACUGCGAAGGAGAUGAGGACAGCCCUCUCAUCACACCGUGCCGCUGCACGGGGAGCCUGCGCUUCGUGCACCAGGCCUGUCUCCACCAGUGGAUCAAGAGCUCGGACACGCGCUGCUGCGAACUCUGCAAAUACGACUUCAUAAUGGAGACGAAGCUCAAACCGCUGCGCAAGUGGGAAAAACUUCAGAUGACAACAAGUGAACGGAGAAAGAUUUUCUGUUCUGUCACAUUCCACAUCAUCGCUAUUACUUGUGUAGUCUGGUCCCUUUAUGUACUAAUUGACAGAACAGCUGAAGAGAUCAAACAAGGAAAUGACAAUGGUGUGCUUGAAUGGCCCUUUUGGACAAAGCUGGUUGUUGUGGCCAUUGGAUUUACAGGAGGCUUGGUCUUUAUGUAUGUUCAGUGCAAAGUCUAUGUGCAGUUAUGGAGACGACUCAAAGCAUACAACCGAGUUAUAUUUGUUCAGAACUGCCCAGACACAGUCAAAAAGGCUGAGGAAAAGACUGCGACCAAUAAUCAGAGCAAUGGAAACAAAGACUCUGUGGCAGUGCCAGUGUCCCAGACAGAAACAAAUUCUCACAGACCAGCUGGAGGGGCUGUUCCUGACGUAGCACCUGUCUGACAGGCUGAUUUGUUCAUUUCUUCUUUUGUAUGUAAGAACUGUGAAGGGUUUUGAACAUUUCACAAACACUACAGGCAUUCAAAGCAGUGACUGUGAAAUCCCAACUGCUUAUCAGCUGGAUCACCCGAAAGAGAAAAUUGGAUAACAACCAACACAUGCUUAAAGGAAGGAACAUAAAAUUGCCUCUUCUCAGUAUUCCCUAGUUACAAAGGGAUAAUCACACGAGGUAUUUAUAGAACUGAACUCAUAGGGGGCAUCCAAAAGAAAAUGUUACAUAAUUUGCAUAAUGUAUUUGCAGUUGAGUUUAGUGCUGAGCUUCAGCAUUUUUUAAUAUUCUAUUUGAAAAAUGCUCAUUUCAUUUUGAAAAUCCCAUAUUGACAUAUACUUAGUCAACGAUCAAGUCAAGCCCUAGCUACAAAAACCGUAGACAAAUACAAAAUACAAGAUUAGGGAUUCCUUUCAAAAUAACUCAAGUUUUCCAUUGUAAUAUUUAGAAAAACGUUGUGACAAACAGGAUUUAUUUUAAGGACAUUCCAAAAGUAACAGUGUAUGUUUAUUUUGUUUUUCUUACAGAGAGAGGUGUGGUAACUUCUUCAAAUUGUAUCUACAGUCACAAUUUGUGGGAUUUAAAACGUUAUUUUGAUGUUAUCAUAUACCAGAAUUAUG